AUGUCUACUGCGCCAGUGUAUGAAGCCAAGCAGAAAGUGUACGGACUCCUUAACGGUACAUUUCAUGCGGCUAUCGUUAUCGAGGUAGGGGUUGAAGCUGAAACUGGUGAAUUUCUAUAUUAUGUUAGAUAUGUCGAUCAAGACAGCCGAAUGGACCGCUGGCUUCAGGCGAGCGAGAUGAAGGAGCGUCACCAAGGCCGCGUGCACCACCUACAGCAAACCAAGGCAUCCGGCGGUGGUGGCGUUGUAACACGUCGGCAGAGUGUGGCGGCCGAGAAGGCGAUGGAACAGCAGGGAAUGAACACUAGUCCCAACCUUACGCUGAGCACCGCGGCCACCUCGACCGCCAAGGGUGGCGAUACUCAGCAGCACGCAGUGAAGAUUUCCACCUUCAGGGCACGUAAAGACAGUUCAUUCUUUUCCCGUACUAAGAAUACCCAUUCCAUCUGCAUGGGACCCUAUGAAGUGGAGGCAUGGUACUUCAGCCCGUAUCAUCUCGCUCGCUCGGUAGUUCACCAACGUCUCCAAGCAUGCACGCAGUACUUCUCAGGUAACACAGAGUUGCAGCUGCGACCCACGGCUUCAGCAGCCUCGGAUCCAUCUGGAACUUCGUCCUCUGUGACCGCACGCACCGCAGUGGUCGUAAAGUCUCUUACAUUGCACAUCUGCCCCUUCUGUUUGAGCCCCUACACGGAUCAUGAAGCAGUUAUACGUCACAUUAAAACGGUUUGCUUACGGCAUCCGCCUGGCAACGAAAUUUAUCGUGAUCCCGUACGACUUCUUGUUGUUCUCGAGAUCGAUGGGAAGCUGGAGCCUGUGUUUUGUCAGCACCUCGCUCUUCUGUCCAAACUAUUCCUAGAGCACAAAGCUUUAGAUCACGACAUGACACCAUUUCUCUUUUAUGUGAUCUGUGCAAUCCAACCGCACGGUCUAGAGGUGUUGGGGUACUUCAGUAAAGAAAAGCAAACUCCAGAGCUAUAUAACCUGUCGUGUAUUCUUGUACUCCCUCAGUUCCAAAGUCGUGGCAUAGGUCGUUUCCUUAUCGAGUUAAGUUACGAAUUAUCUAGGCGAGAGGGAAAAAUCGGAACACCUGAAAAACCUCUUAGCGACCUCGGAAAAAAACUAUAUUUGGGGUACUGGUCUGACACGGUGCUACUAGCUUUAUCACGCGCCAUGGAGGAGGGGCAUUGCACUACCAUUGACUACCUUGUGCAGGCAACAUGCAUGACGCAGGCUGAUAUUAUCCGGACGUUGCAGGAGCUGCGUCUUAUCAAUGGCACCCAGUUGUGUAUUUCGGAAGAAAGUGUGCAGCAGUCCUACACGAAGCGUCUAUACCGAGAGCGUAAUGCUCAAAAUUACACCUUUUAUACACAUCUUCUGAGUUGGUGUCCAGGUAUGUACGAGGAAUGCCGCUUUGAUCUUCCUGCACCGAUGUUUACUGCAUGGAGGGGAACCUCUCAAAGCCAUCGGGGGGGCACACGAACUGAGGGUCAGGAUCAAGCUUGUUGUUGA